GGCGAGGAAGCUACCAUUGUAACUUGGAUUGAAUCCAGUUACACAUACAUAUAUAUAUAUAUAUCUAUAUAUAGGCAAGCAAGUGUGUCACGGAGUGCCAUGGAGAUGGAGCAUUUGGUAGGGAAAGAUGCGGCGACACCCCAGGAAGGCACUGAUGCACUCAAGAAUGCGAUGCUGGCCAGUCUUCGAGAUGAUCCACCACAAGGCGCUGCCACACAUUCAAACACUCAGACGCGUGGUGGAGGAGUGGAAGAGUUGGCGGGGGCUUUGGAGGAGGUCAAGUCGCAGAUCGACUCCAAGAUUGGAUCCAAAAUUGGUGAAGUUAUGGAUGCCGUUAGAUCCUCGAUCUCCUCGCACGGGCAGAAGCUUUCGGCUGAAGUGGAGGACAUCAGGUCGCAGGUGGUGAAGCUUGAAGGGCAAAGCUCUAAAGCUGCGAAGUUGCAGGAUGCACACUUUUCCGAAGCAGAGGCACAGGUGGAAAAAAUGCUGGAGAGUGCUACUGAGAGCUUUGCAUCAAUGUUGGUGGCUACAAACCAGCAGUUGGACGCUGCCCUGGCAAAGCAGGAGGUGCUAGAGGAGGAGCUACGGCGUGUUGCUGAUGGCUCGGCAAUCCCCAGCUUGAUUCAGGGAGAUGCACUGCGAAUGCUGGAAAGGCUGAGGAAAGAACAGCGCCUGGAAGCGGCAGCACUCUGGGAGGCCAUUGGUGAGUUAGCGGAGCACAUCGGCGCUGAUGGGGCCAGCUUCAUCAAGGUUGCUCAGAAUGAGGCGGGACGGUCCAGCCAGCUGCAAGCAUCGCAUGGUGAGCAGGGAGCUUUUGGGAUGCAUCAAGCUCAAGGCAGACCCGCUACAGCCAAAUGAGAAGCUGGCAGUUGGAUGGGCUGCUAUGUCAGCCCUCAAUGACACCACCUUCGGGUUCCAACCUCAGGAAUCAUGCGGGCCUCGCCAAUGUGAGCGAGCGAAGAUCACCCACCAUGUUCUUGCCACCGAACGAA